UGAGAACAAAAUCUGUGGAAAUUAGUAAAAUUAUGCACAACAUGCGCAAUCCUGAAGCGAAAUUCAAGCUCUGUAACACCAGCAAUAUUCAUCUGGAGCAAAUGAAACGAGUGAGUGAGGGGAGGCGGGUUUGUGUGUCGACUCGCUGUCGGAGAGAUGAGAGAGAGAGAAAGCGCAGCUGGUACUGUGUAUCUAUUCUCCGGGAAACGAGAAUUGGAUGCAUUUCAGAUAUUUCAGUAUCGAUAUGUAUCACAAAAUCCUGCAAUACUGCACUUAGUUUAUUAUUUCAGAUGCCUUUUAAAAAACUACAGUUGAAAAAUUUAUAUAUUAUAUAUAAAAUUCAACCAGCCACUGCUGAAAUACACCCGCACAUGGCAGGUGUUAAUGUCAAGCCCUUGUUAGAGCGGAUGUUAAGAUUUCCUAAACCUACAUUUCGGUCUGUUUAUAUAUAGUGCAUGAAUCGUAUGGACAUCUUAUUGUUUUAUGAUAUUUAUCAUAAUUGCAUGGAAAAAGAGCGACCAGCACAAUUCUUCCUCAAGAAACUUCCUCAUUUUGUGAAAAAUGAUGACAGAAUGUUCAUUAUCCCUUUAAUUUGAAAUGGGCUGUGUUUCCUUUUUGGAUUAAAGUCAAAGUAAAGACAGAGCAAGUGAGAGAGUGAGAGUGAGAGAUCAAAGAUCCAAAGCCACAAUGUCCACUAAAUGAAUCUCUAAUGUCACUUCCUGUUUCCUUUUGUCUGGCUUACACACUCACACACACACACACACACACACUGACUGAAGCUACACGCCCCUCCAGAGUAACUCCUGCCCCUCUCGCUGUCUCGCUGGUAGGCUGAAUGUGUGUGUGUGUGUGUGUGUUCAUGUUCCCUCCAUGUUCACUGAGGUGAUCAGAGCUGCUCUCUCACCGGAGAGAAAAGCCGUGAAUCAGGAGAGACGUGCUGAAGGAAGAAAGGCAGGAGGUCACAUGAGAUUCUUGAGGAGAUCUGCUGAGUGAUUUGUGUUUGGAGGAGCGUCGUGGAGUUUUGGUUUACGGCUCAACCGUCUGUCUGUGACGGCGAACUCACGUGCGCACAGGUAGACGCUGACCGGAGAGAAAAUAGUGUGAGGAACAGAUUUUCACCAGCAUGUGUUUUGCCAAAGAAACUCGUGCAGGAGUCGGUUUCCAGGCAUCCAUCGUUCCCCUCUCCCCCAUCAGUGCCUCAUGACCCCAACGUGGUGGGAGACAGCGCCCCUCCGGACGGGACCCCGUCUCUGACCUCUGACUCCGCACCAGGGAAGUCGACGCGAGGCCGGAGUUCUGGUCCUUAUUCAGAAGAGGCGGAUCAGUCUGGAGAAAGUGAUCCGAACCCAACCGUCUCCACCGUAAUCAGACCAGCCAUGGCUCUCAUCAGCAGCAUGCUGACGGCCUACACCUACAUCACAGAGCACCCGGAGCGAUGUGCGCUGUAUUUCAUGUGCGGUGUGUGUGCCGGUCUGUUCCUCACGCUCUUCGCGCUGGUGGUUCAGAUUUCCUGCCGUACGGACUGUAAACGGCGUCACGGCGUCGCUAAGAAGCGGCCAAGGCCCAUGGACUCUGACAGCGACACCAGUGACUCUGAUUCUGACUGGGAUUCGAGCUCAGACGUCUCGGCCCGCCGGCACCGGCGCUUCGAGCGCACGCUCAACACCAACAUCUUCACAUCGGCGGAGGAGCUGGAGCGAGCGCAGCGGCUGGAAGAGAGAGAGCGGAUCAUACGGGAAAUCUGGAUGAACGGACAGCCGGACAUCCCAGGAACGCGUAGCCUGAAUCGCUACUAUUAGAGCUCUGCCUCUGAUCGGACAAAUCCAGAUGGGAAGCUAACAGGAGUUUCCUGGACGCUAAAGUGUUUGCCACAUGUGGCAUUAAACUGUGCAUUUCCUUUGCAGUGGAAAUAAGCUUUUGGUUGCGGCGUGCUGUAUCCGUAACCUUCCGUAUGCAGAGGUGAAUGCUGCAUUUCCACCAGUGGGAUGUGGAAAUAUUCCUACUUGAUGUCUGACAUCUCACAGUUGUGAAUUUACGCAAGUUGGAAGUUUCAUUCUGCUGAACUUCCAAGUAGGAAGUUGGACAUUCCAAUUUUUAGCGUUGAAUGGAACGCAGCAUGCGGCUGAAGCUAAGGCUCAUGGGAGAUGUAGUUCAUUUGAAACUGGCUCUAGGAGUCUAUAGGCAGCUCUGAGAGGUGUGAUAAGCUCUAAGCACUGUGAUUGGUCCUUCACUCUGCCUGUCAAACAGUGAGGACCGCCGUCUGUAGGGAGAGGUGUCGCCAAAUUAAGUGCCUUCCAGUUUGAUCUGACAAAAUACACAUAUACAGUAGGGCUAAAACAUGUUUGGACACUUACAAAUAUCUGAAUGUCAUUGCAUUAGCAAACAAAUAUAACAAACCAUGCUGCAUUUGCAACCAAAUGAUGCUCGAGCUUCACUUUCCUGCAUCAUUGAUUUCGCUGUGUCACAAUGCAUUUUUCGGUAACACUUUAAAAUAAGGCUCCAUUAGUUAACAUGAACUAACAAUGAAAUAUAUUUUAAAGCAUUUAUUAAUCUCAGUUAAUGUUAAUUUCGACAUUUACUAAUACAUUAUUAUAAAA